GCAAUAAGAAUAUAUAUAUGUAGUCGCAUGGUAUAUAUACAUAUAUAUUUGUUAAAUCCUAUUAGGUAAUUCACAACAUUUUCUCACAUUUUUCAGUGUAGUGUUUUGUUUAAGUGAGCAUGUGAUAGAGCAAAGACAACCUUGGUUUUUUUUCUGUCUUCAUUCAGGCAUGCAAGUUUAAGAUGGUUCUAGCAUAUAUUGAAGUUGUAUUAUGUAUUCUAUAAUAGAUGUUCUGUAGGGAGGAUCGGUAGAGGUUAUACCUGGAACUUUGUGAAUGUACUGUGAAUUGAUAUAGAAUGGAGGAUGAAAAUGGGCUGGAGCUUAGCUUGGGUCUAUCUUACAGUGCGUUGUCUGCCAAAUCUAAAGGCAAAAUUAGUAGUUCUUCAGAUACUAGGACAGAAGAAGGCGAUAAAGGCGUCGAAAUUGUGGAUGACUUUAAAAACUUUCUUCAAACCAGAACCCAGAAACAGGACCCUGGUGUCAGUUCUCACAGAAGUGAUCCAGUGAAACCUUUGGAAAACUUCUUUAAUGAUCUUUCCAAGGCUGCUGGUGAUGCAGAAGCCUCUGUGAACUUGAAUGGUAAGCGUAAGAUUUUGUUUGAUGAGAUAAACAAUCCAAAGAAGCUUGAGAGAGAAGCUCACCAUGUGGAUUUAUCUGAAAAACCCAAAACAUCACAUAUCUCCAUGACAACAGAAGAUGGCUCUACUGCGGAGAAUGAAGAUGUAGCUGAGUCUGAAGUUGAGGGUUCACCCUUGAGGCUAGUUUCACGUCAUGAUGAUGGUUCCAAGCGGUUUAUUGGAGUUAGUGAUUCUUCUGAGGUGCCGAAGGAGGUUAAGCUUGGAAACUUGAAUUACGGCAAUCCAUGCCCGGUUCAAUCUGUAAAUGUCCUGAAUGUGCCAUUUUCAUUAACAAUGAAGCAUUCUAACUCUCCUGGAACCCCCAGUUCAUCAGGUCAUACACUACCUGGCAUGAUACAUAGUAGGCCUUCUGGAAAUGGUGAAGGGUCAGUGAAUCCUGGAAACUUGCCAGUUAUGUUUGGUUAUUCACCUGUUCAACUUCCACUGUUAGAUAAGGAUAAUCCCUGGGGUACGGUCUCUCACUUACCACAGUUCCACCCGAUGUCUGUUGGAAAAGGUCCACCUAAUUCUGAUAAGCAUAGUGAUGGAUUGAAAAUAUCACAAGCUUCUGUGCAUACAAUUGUGCGCAAUUCCUCUGAGGCUGCACAAUAUAACGGUGGAACAUUCAAGCAAGUCAAAGGCGAAGGUAAACAGCAUGCCACAGAGGAAAGCUCCUGUACUCCGGUAGACGAAGAUGUAAAAGGAAGCAGCAGCAUGAGUCUCAGAGCAAAUGCUCCAUUGGAUCAACCUACAGCAGAAGGCGUAGUAACUCUUGAUUUUUCAAUCAUAAAGCCUGGUAUUGCCGCAGACCUGAAAUUUGGGGGAUCUGGUUCUUUUCCAAAUUUACCAUGGGUUUCAACCACAGGUACUGGCCCACACGGUAGAACAAUUUCUGGCGUCACUUACAGAUUCAGCGCAAACCAGAUAAAGAUUGUUUGUGCUUGCCAUGGUACCCAAAUGUCCCCUGAAGAGUUUGUUCGGCAUGCCAGUGAAGAGUGCACUGAUCCAGAUAAUAAAAACCGUUUGGCAACAUUCCCUAGUACCAAUCCUGCCGGCUCUGCUCAGACCUGAAGCGUAAAAUGGACAUGCAAUCAAGUGUGACAUUGAAAUACACGUGUGAGUCCUUGCUUUCCUCACUGAAUAUAGUUAUUUGUUUCCUUUCUCAGUUGUAUCACUGCUGCAGUUAAAUACUGCAUUUGUAUGUAAUAAUAUUUGUAGCAUCAUUUCUUUGUCUAAUUAUAAUCUGAAACAUCAUUUCUGACA